AUGUAAGACUCAUCAAUGAGUUGUUGUAUGUGGGUCUUGCAUAGUAAAACUCCACUGUCACUUGCCAAUUUGUUGAUGUAGUGCAGAAAUUGUUCUUAAUUUGUGUUUGUACCUGCUUAAAUCCAGCCUAGUGAAGCAAUUUUAAAUUAUUUCUGUUCAUCUAUUUACUAUGGUGUCAAAUAAAUAGGCAGCCUAAACUUUCAUCGCCCGUGAAAUUCCUCUAAAAGGUUUAUUUAGAAGAUACAAGAUAGUUUUAAUCUAUAUUUUUGGAAAAUGAAAGUAUGCUCUGGUGCAUAUACACUUACAAGGCUCCCCUUUUAUGUAUAAAAAUAUCCUCUUGGAUAACUUACAUAAUCUCAAUUAGUACUAAUCAUUUGUGUAUCUUGGUCGUCCUAACCAUCCACUCAAUCAUGCUUUUAACCUUCACGUUGGGGAAAUCCAUCUACGGUAAUAGACAGUAAAAACUCCAUAUAAUUGAUCUUUUGAACUCACUUCAAGCUAUUCAAUCUUGGGGUAAGCAAUCUCUAUUGCUUAUGUAUACUUUUUUUCACCAAUUACUGUCUUCAGUUUUAUAUGUCUCAGCCAUGUUUAUAACUAAAGGUAGGCUUAAAGUGUUAUAUUUAUCUGUUUCGUUUUAUCUGAAACAGAUGAGUAGCUAUUGGAUAGAUUCACGAUCACAGAGUUCUUACUCUUUCCAUCGAGCAUGGACAAAAACUUUGGUGGAUUGGUUCCAACGGAUGAUCAGUUUUUCCUCCUUUACUUCAUCAUCGGAACCUACUUUGGACCAGAUCUUCAGGGAGAAUAUCCCAAAAAGUCAGUUUUGCAAAGAAAAGGUCUAGGCCUACCUCCAUACAGUUCCAAUCAACUAGCUGGUUCAUGCCUAAGAACCAUAGAAGUAGAAAGGGCUUACUAUCAUGCAUUGAGAAAGGCAGAUCGGUCUGUUGUCCUGGCUCAACCGUGGCUGCACCAGUUCUUUCAUGGAAAGCUUCCUACUCUUUACCACAAACAACCGGCAGCUUAUCCUCGGUUUUGUGAUCUAUUUCCUCCCAGCCUGCAUCCUCACUUAUGCUGUCAUGUGUAUAAUGUUAUUGCAAACAUUGUGUUCAUCAACGACCCUGACACCAGUUAUAUUGAACCAGACAGUAUUAAGAGGUUCAAGAAGCUCACUGGUCUAGAACAUUUGGUCAUGGACAAAGAUUGCACAAAAUCACAAGCCAAUGUUGAUUAUGAAGCUCUAAGUAAUGUUGGAAAAGAGGAGAUAUCAAAACCUGCUGAUAUCCUCCAAUAUGCAUCAUUAGCUGCUAGUAGCCUGCCAUAUAAGGAAAUGCCUUCUUGUAGUAAGUCAUUUAAUGAUAUACCACUUGACAAUGAACAAUUUGACAAUACAUCUUUCACUAGUCUCUUGAAGGAUGCUUGUGAUGAACCAUUUAAUGGUGUGCCACCUGAUAGAAAUGGACAAUUUGACAUUAGACCUUUUAGUAGUCUCUUGAAGGAUGCUUGUGGUGGGUCAUUUAGUAAUAUACCACCUCAUCACAAUGGACAAUUUGACACUACAAGUUUUAGUAGUCUCUUGACGAAUGAUGGUGUCGGACAGUUUACUGAUGCACUACCACCAGAUAGCUCAACAAAAUUUGGCGGUACUCCUUUUAGUAAUCUCUUUAAGGAUGUCAAUCCUCUGGCGGAAGAGUCUAUGGGUCCAUCAUCAAAGCACACCAACUCUGGGGACUUAGAGCUUAGUAUUGUCUUCCUUCCUUCUCGCCCUUCUAAGGAGGAGCUAAGUAACAUUGUUGCUGCUACUAAAAGUGGAUUUGCAGUGGCUGGGAGUGCAGCAAAGGGUAAGAUAGGACCAGUUCUCGGGCUCUUAGAUGUAGGAGAAAGCGAGGACUCUUACUUGUUCCGUGUAUCACUCCCUGGAGUAAAGAGAGAUGAAAGAGAAUUUACUUGUGAAGUGGAGAGUGAUGGUAAAGUAUUGAUUAGGGGAAUGACAACUGGUGAUAGGACAGUCCACAAGUACUCUCAAGUAUUCGAGAUGCAAACUCAGAACCUUUGUCCAACAGGACAUUUCACCAUCUCUUUCAAGCUGCCAGGCCCAGUUGACCCUCAAGAAUUUUCUGGUAAUUUUGGCACUGAUGGAAUUCUAGAGGGAAUUGUAAUGAAAGCAGAAACAUAAUCUCAAUAGAAUAGGGUAAUACUAGUGUCUUGUUAAAUAUAAAGCUAGUAGCUGUACAAAUUCUAACCUAGCUUAUGUCUAUAGUAGUGGUAAUUUGGUGUGAGUGCAACCACCUUACCUGUUCAAUUACAAGCACAUUCGUUUUGCAAAUUUUGAUGGUUGUCCUCAAACUGCAGGGCUA